AUGAAUGUUAUAUUUUGGAAUAUAAGAGGAAUCAGUAACAAUGAUUCCCGUCUUGCAUUUGCUGAUAUGUGUCGGUUGCAUAAUCCAUCCCUGGUUUUUAUUGCAGAACCUAUGGUGGAGUAUGAUUCUGUUCCGAAUUGGUUUUGGAGGAAUGUUCAUGUUUCUAAUUAUUGUUUGAAUAACAGGGACCCUCUCAUCCCAAACCUUUGGGCUGUGUGGGGUUCGGACCAUGUUUAUAAUGUAAUUUUUGUCUCAUCUCAGUGUCUGGUUCUGGCGUAUAUUUGCAGAGGAACUAGCUUAUUUAUUGUUGGAAUUUAUGCUAGCACUUCUUACCUUAUAAGGAGAUAUCUUUGGGCAGAUUUGACUAGGCUUCAAAAUUCUUUCAUGGGUCCGUGGCUUUUCUUGGGUGAUUUCAAUGUAGUUCUAGGUGCUCAUGAAAAAAGGGGCCGCCGUUUACCACCUUCGUUAUCUUGCAAUGACUUCAUGUCUUGGACGAAUGCUAAUCUGUUGUUGCACUUGAAUACUAACGGGGUGCAAUUUACUUGGAACAAUGGUAGAAUGGACUCCGAUUCCGUUUUCCUCCGUCUCGACCGUGCUAUUUGUAAUGAAGCUUGGACUGAUUUUUGGGGCAUUACCUCUUGCACGGCUCUUGUGCGAUCUCAUUCUGAUCAUCAUCCGUUGUUGUUACAUUCAGAUUUCUCUUUAAUUCGAAAAGCAGCGUCCUUCAAAUUUUUUAAAACUUGGACCACGCAUGAAGAUUGUCGACCGUUACUUCUGAACAUAUGGCAAAAAGAGGUUGUUGGUUGCGGUAUGCACAGGCUUCACACAAAGUUGCUUCGUGUCAAGGAUGCUUUCAAGGUUUGGAAUAGAUCAGUUUUUGGAAAUGUCCAUAGACAGGUUCAACUCGCUUCUGAUGAGGUGAUGCGAGUUCAGAAUCUUAUUGACACCAUGGGUAUUAAUGCAAACUUACAUUUGUUAGAAUUACAGGCUCAUAUGACUUUGACUAGAGCAAUGAAUUGUCAGGAUCAGUUUUGGCGUGAGAAAGCGAGAAAUCAAAGUUUUAUUCAUGGUGACCUUAACACUGCUUAUUUCCACCGUAUAUCUCGUAUUAAAGCGGCAGCGAAGCCUAUUUCUUUUCUAUUAGAUGGGGAUGUGCGCAUUACAGAUCAAAGGGAAAUGGAGAAUCAUGUUGUUAGUUAUUUCCAUGGUAUUUUUGGCACUCAAAAUGACUAUGGAACAAAUGAUUUGAUAGCGAAAACCAUUCCGUUGUUGGUUACUGUUGAGGAUAAUAUUAUGUUAACGGUCAUGCCUUUAGUUGAUGAAAUUAAAAAGGCGGUGUUUGGUAUGAAUGCAGAUGGCGCCCUGGGUCCUGAUGGUUUUGGGGGACAUUUUUAUCAGCACUUUUGGGACAUCGUGGCUGCAGACGUGGUGAGCUCAGUUCAAGAUUUUUUUUGCACUGGAGCUAUUAUUCCGAAUUUAAAUUCGAACAUUUUGGUUCUUAUUCCUAAAAUCCCUGGAGCUACUUCUAUGGCGGAUUUUCGCCCUAUUGCUUUGGCCAAUUUUCAAUUCAAAAUAAUCACAAAAAUCUUAGUUGAGCGCCUAGCUCUUAUAUGUAUGCGCAUCAUUUCACCUCCCCAAAGAGGCUUUGUCCGUGACCGUAAUAUUGCAGACUGUGUUAUUAUUGCUUCGGAGAUGAUUAACUCGUUACCGAAGAAGCAAUUUUGUGGAAACAUUGCAAUCAAGGUGGAUAUCCGCAAAGCUUUUGACACGUUGGAUUGGGAGUUUUUAAUUUCGGUUUUGCAUCGGUUUCGUUUCAGUAAUUUAUUCUGUGACUGGAUCCUGGAGAUUCUCCGCUCUGCUCAUUUAUCUGUGCUUGUGAAUGAGGUGUCUGGUCAGCUGGUUAACUUUGACAAAAGCAAAUUAUUUACUGGUGCUAUGACAAUUGCAAGGAGAAAUAUGAUUGCUCAUCUUUCAGGGUUCUCUGUAGGUGCUAUUCCUUUCCAAUACCUAGGCUGCCCUAUCUUCCAAGGAAAGCCAAAAUGCAUAUAUUUCCAACAUAUUGUUGACAGGAUUAAGGUCAAGCUUGCUACUUGGAAAGGUGCCCUUUUAUCUAUCAUGGGUAGAAUCCAACUAGUAAAGUCAAUUGUUCACGUUUCCUGGUCUCAAGUGUGCCGUCCUUGGGAUGCCGGUGGUCUUGAUCUUAAACCCGCUCGAGCCAUCAAUGAUGCUUUACUUCUUCAUCUAAGUGUGAAGGAUAACUUCUCUAUGGUGAGUGCAAACACACGAUGGAUUGUUGGCAAUGGAGAUAAUAUCCAAUUAUGGUUUGAUAAUUGGAUGGGGAGUCCUCUUGCCACUAUACUUGCUUUGCCGCCAAACCUGUUUCCUAGUUUGAAGGCUACUCUUGCAUUCGUUAUUAAUGAUGGUAAAUGGAACAUUCCUCGAAUUAUUCUUGAUUUCCCGUUAGUGGCUGCCCAGAUUAUGCAAGUCACUCUUCCGGUCUCCCCUUUGCCGGAUAAGCGUGUUUGGCUUCAUUCCCAUGACGGUGAGCUAUCUUCAAGGCUUGCUUUCCAAUUUCUUAAUCCGGCUCCACCAAAUCUAGCUUGGGCUACUGAUAUUUGGCGUCCCUGCAUCCCUCCAUCCCACUCUUUUAUAUUUUGGCGGUUUAUGUUAUCCAAGCUUCCAACGGAUGAAAAUUUACAAUUGAGGGGCUGCACCUUGGUUUCCAUGUGUCCCUUAUGCUAUAACCAGGCUGAAUCAUCUACACAUUUAUUUCUUGAGUGUGCUUUAUCCAAAACUAUAUGGCAUUGGCUCGGCCUAAAGCUUCAGCGUUCCAACCCACUUGCUUCGUCAUCCUCGUUGUUGUCUUGUAUACCGCAGCGCUGCAGCUCUCAGCUGCGUGAUGUGUUAGUUGCUGCCAUUGUUCACUCGGUGCACGCUAUUUGGCUUGCUCGAAAUGUUGUCCGCUUCAAUGCAAGUUCUAUUUCUCUUCAUGCAACUAUGGCGAAGAUCAUAGCCAUGACUGCCAUGUCGGGAGGUAGCUCCAAAGGAUAUUGUUUACUGUCCGACAGGGUUAUCUUGGAAAAUCUGUUUGUUUCCCCCUUGCACAGACGGGUACGGGACAUCAUUCCGGUUGUGUGGCAGCCCCCUACCAGCCCUUGGGUCAAGGCCAACACAGAUGGGUCAGUUCAAAAUUUAAUGGCUGCUUGUGGUGGUGUCUUCCGCGACUCUCGCGGAAUUUUCUUGGUGGAUUCGCAAGCAAUCUUGGCAUAG